ACCGAGACAGUUACCAAUCGCAAUCCAAUCGAACUGAGUCGAAUUUUUUUCAAGUGAAUCACUUUAACAAUGGCAUUCAAGGUUAUCCUCUCCGUUGUCCUGGUGGCGCUGAUCGCCUGCGUCCAGGCGAAGCCCGGCGGUCCGGCGGCCUAUUCGAUUAGUGCGCCCAGCGUUGACCACGCCUCCGUGGGCAGCACUCAGGAGCAUACGGUGAAGGGUCACUACGGCCAGUCCUCCCAGUCGGACUAUGCCAGCCAGGUCCAGACCGCUCACUCGCAGUCCCAUGUCCAGCGGUCCAGCAUCAGCAAUGACGCCGGACUGGCGCCCGUCGCCGCCCAUGGCUACGCAGCUGCUCCGGCCCAUGCCAUCGCUGCGCCGGCCUACUCCUUGGGCUACGCCGGGCACACGGCUCCCGCCCAGAUUCAGGGCGUCGCCUAUGGCGGACACUAUGCGGCCAGCGCUCCGGCUGUGCAGAUCUCCGGACUGGGGCACUCGCUGGGACUGGGACACUCGCUGGGACUUGGUCAAUCGCUGGGACUGGGCGGAUACGGUGGCUACGGAUACGGAGGCUAUGGCUCCUAUAGUGCCGCUCCGGUCAUCUCGCACGGAUAUCUGGCCCAUGCCCCAGUCGCCGCCGCUCCAGUUGUGAAAUACGCCGCUGCUCCAUCGUACGCUCCCGGAAUCAUUGGACACGGCAUUGGACUUGCCGCCCCCGCCUAUGCUGCCCCCGCCUACGCUGCUCCUGCAUACGCUACGCAUCUAGCUGGGCCCGUGGUGAAGGCCGCCGUCGCCGCACCCGCCCUUGUCCACACAUCGGUCUCCGGCCAUGGUAUUCACUAUGGCUACUAGAGGAUCCAUCGCCCAUCGUCAUCGCCACCGCCACCGCCUCCGCCUCUGCACCGCCUCCACCAGCCCCAUCGCCAGUGCACACUCGCACACAAAUACACUUUCCUAUCCGUCUGGCUAACUACACUAAUAGGAACAAUAAUACCCAGAGCGUGUCGGUAGAUGUUCGCCUUAAUUAAAACUCAAUUUGUUAACUGCACCAGAAGCCUGUGACCCGUGAGCCAUUCGACGGGUUAGGAGCCAACCAAGCACACCUGAACUCAACUGGGCCACCUGGGUGAUAAAAGGGGCACGCAGCGCGGGAUGCAGUGCGGUGCCGCACGCUCCGUUUUUAUUAUCGUGUUGUUAGCCUGGUCCCAGAGCUUAAACUUAUCCACCCAUUCCGCAUUGUGAAUGCUGAAUGUGUUUUUUUUUUUAUCGCGGUUGAAUUUACGUUGUAUUUAAACUUAAUUUGUAAACUGAAACGAAAUGCAUGUGGAAAUGUUGG